AUAACACAUUUUGAUAAUCUUAUAAAUUAAACUCACAUAAAGAGAGAGAAAAGGAAAGGAACAGUCCAAUCUACUGUGUAGUGUACACUUAAUGAUAGGGUUGUGUAUUUUAUCGAGCAGUUCUUUUUUUCCCGGAAAAUAGAAGUGGUAAUUUCUUGAUUCCUGAGAAAAUUUUCAUGUCGGAAGCUUUUUCGAGAGCGAGCGAUUAAUAAACCCGUCAAAGGAUAUCAGCGCCUUUCCCUAUCAUAUCAAUUCUGAAUGUUUGUCCUUUUCUUUUAUUGGUCCAAAAUCACGAAAUGCCAGUUUAUUUAUUUGUUUUGAUAUACAAUGCUUUUUUCUUUUUUUGGUUUCACAAGCUAGCUCAGCAACAUCCCGAGUCCUUGCCGUAGUUCUUCUUGGUAUUGGUUCUUGAUUAUUCAGUUUCAAGAAUCAUAUUCCAAGUAGUUUGCACCUGAUUCUUGUAGGCACAAAUUUUUGAUGUUUCAUUGUAAAAGCUAAAAACUUUCACGAAUUUCAUGCAAUCUUCCAAUUUAUAUCAGUUUCAAAAUUUAGUUUUAGCCAUCUCAAUAACUCAAAGCUGGCACUCAUAACCCUUCCGUACUAUCUUUACUCUCUUUCCAUUUCUUGUUCUGCCUUUUUUGCUUAGAUUGUAUGGAGUUGAGCUGUUAUUGUGCAAAAACUGUUCAGAUAUCACAGCUAUAACCAUUCUGCUUUACCUUCAUAAUCCAUUUGCCAAUUGAUGCUUUUCAAAAUGGCAAAGUUUUCCAAAGCUUUUUCAGUGAGAAACUUGCUAGUGUUAUCUCUAUCAAUCAACGUGAGCUUGCUUGUGAGGGUAGCGUUUGAGAGACAUGAAAAUGGGCUUACUGGGUUCUAUAUGGCCAGCCAGAAAGAGCCACUGGCUGCACAUGCCACACAUCCAUCUCUAUCCUCCUCUUCUACUGUUGCUGCCGGUGACGGAGACAGAGUCAUCAAUCUUGAUCAUGGCGAUCCGACCAUGUACGAAAGAUUCUGGCAGCAAAUGGGGGACAAGGCCACAAUCGUGAUCCCUGGGUGGCAAUUUAUGAGUUAUUUUUCUGAUAUAGGAAACAUUUGCUGGUUUUUGGAGCCUGAGUUUGCUAGACAGAUAGUUAGACUGCAUAAAGUGGUAGGAAAUGCAGUCACCGCUGAGCGUUAUAUUGUUGUGGGGACAGGCUCUACUCAGCUAUAUCAGGCUGUGUUAUAUGCACUCGCUCCGCAGGAUGCAGAUGAACCUAUCAGUGUUGUAACUGCAGCUCCAUACUACUCGUCUUAUCCCACAAUAACAGAUUGCCUCAAGUCUGGGCUAUACAAGUGGGCAGGGGAUGCCCGAAGCUUUGAAAAGAAGGGACCAUUCAUAGAGCUAGUGACAUCCCCAAAUAACCCAGAUGGAUAUGCUAGGCAGUCUGUCCUAAACAGAAGUGAGGGGAUAUUGGUGCAUGAUCUGGCCUAUUAUUGGCCACAGUACACACCAAUAUCUUCCCCGGCUGAUCAUGACAUCAUGCUGUUUACAGUCUCCAAAAGCACUGGACAUGCUGGGAUGCGCAUUGGUUGGGCUCUUGUUAAAGAUAGAGAGGUCGCUCAGAAAAUGAUAAAGUACAUUGAGCUCAACAGCAUUGGCGUAUCCAAGGACUCGCAACUUCGGGCAGCUAAAAUUCUGAAAGUUGUCUCCGACAGCUGCGAGUCUUCCGGCGACAGUUCCGAGUCCCUUUUCGAGUUUGCCUAUCACCUCUUGGCAGAGAGGUGGCAACUCCUAAGGGAAGCGGUGCAGCAUAAUGGCCUUUUCAGCUUGCCAAGUUUCUCCUCCGGAUUCUGCAACUACCUUGAGAGGUCCUUCGAGCCUCAACCUGCUUUUGCAUGGUUGAAGUGUGAAGAACCCAUCAAGGAUUGCCAAGAAUUCCUCCGGUCAAGUAGAAUCUUAACAAGAAGCGGGAAGCACUUCGGGGUUGGCCCUCAGUAUGUUAGGAUUAGUUUAUUAGAUCGAGACGAUACCAUGAACUUAUUCAUAGAGAGAUUGUCCAAUAUUACUAUUGACAAAGCCUAUGAACAUUUGAAGGAGAGAGGAGACUAGCUGCAUACAACAAAAGAUAAUUUAUACAUUUUACUCAUUUUAUUGAAAGCAUCACUUGUGCUGUUAAUGUCACGACUGUUAGAGAUAUUUGCAGUUCAUUACUAUUAAUUCAAA